AGUGAACCCAGAAUCUGCUAGCUGCAGCCGAGUUUGUAAGCUGAACUUUAACCCUCAUAUGAGUGAUAAGAGCUCUACCUGUAAGUUCACCUCAUCAACAGGUUGGCUGGAGAAAGUAUGACGUUUGAUGCCUUCAAACUGUCUGUCUAAAAGUUUUGUUAAGAGGGGUGACGCGGUCGUAAGCUCUUAUAUAGUUCCACUUGUGAGCAGAGUAGUCCCGGACAGUGCUUCGGACCUCUAAACCACAACACCAACCACAAUCUGCAGAGGAUCAUUUUCAACCUUUUAAAAGCUUUUAUUCCGGAAGCUGGACUGAAGCACCAUGUUGAGUAAAGAUCUUCCAGACAUUGAGAGCAUCCUAGCUCUGAAUCCAAGGGUGAAGCAUCAUGCUCAGAUCAUAUCCACAGCCAGUAAGAAGAAAGAAAAGAAACACUGGAAGAGGAACCCUGAAAGGAACUGCGAUUCUUGUGUGAAGUUAGAAAACAACUUUGACGACAUCAAGCAUACAACACUGAGCGAGCGAGGAGCACUACGAGAAGCUCUCAGAUGUCUAAAAUGUGCUGAUGCUCCCUGUCAGAAGAGCUGCCCAACUAAUCUGGACAUCAAGUCAUUCAUUACGAGUAUCUCCAAUAAGAACUACUAUGGGGCAGCGCGUGCCAUUCUAUCUGACAACCCUCUGGGUUUGACCUGCGGAAUGGUUUGUCCCACAUCGGAGCUGUGUGUAGGGGGCUGCAACCUGUAUGCUUCUGAAGAAGGACCCAUUAACAUUGGAGGGUUACAGCAGUUUGCUAUUGAGGUGUUUAGUAAAAUGGGCAUCCCUCAGAUAAGAAACCCCGAACUCCCACCAUUCAAUGAGCUGCCAGAGUCUUACCACACCCCUAUAGCUCUGAUUGGCUGUGGCCCAGCAUCAAUUAGUUGUGCUUCUUUCCUGGCCCGUCUGGGAUAUGAUAAUAUCACAAUAUUUGAAAAACAGAAGUACACAGGAGGGCUGAGCACGUCAGAAAUCCCUCUAGGUAUGUGUCAGUGUCGCUCCUCUCUGCCAGAACUAAAGGGAGUGGUGAUAGUUUUGGGGGCCGGUGACACUGCAUUUGACUGUGCCACCUCAGCCCUUCGGUGUGGAGCCAAAAGAGUGUAUGUCUGCUUCAGGAGGGGAUUCACCAACAUUAGAGCUGUUCCUGAGGAGAUGGAGUUGGCUAAAGAGGAGCAGUGCGAGUUCCUUCCUUUUCUGUCUCCCCGUGAGGUCAUUAUGAAGAAUGGGCAUGUUGCUGGGUUACAGUUCUGUCGCACUGAGCAGACUGAGGAAGGUGACUGGGUUGAAGACGAGGAGCAAAUUGUCAGACUGAAGGCUGAUUACAUAAUCAGUGCUUUUGGAUCCAUGUUGAAUGAGCCACAAGUGACUGAGGCCAUGACGCCUGUGAAGCUGAGUCGCUGGGGUACUCCAGAGGUGAACACAGGCACCAUGCAGACCAGUGAGCCCUGGGUUUUUGCUGGAGGAGACGUCGCUGGUUUGGCAAACACCACAGUGGAGUCAGUGAAUGAUGGCAAACAAGCCUCGUGGCAUAUUCACAGAUACAUACAGUCUCUUCAUGGACAAACAGUAGACCCAGUUCCAAAGUUGCCAUUGUUCUACAGUGCUAUAGACCAGGUGGACAUCAGCAUUGAAGUUUGUGGAAUAAAAUUUCCAAAUCCGUUCGGCCUGGCCUCUGCUCCUCCUACCACUAGCACAGCCAUGAUCAGAAGAGCUUUUGAACAAGGAUGGGGCUUCGCUCUGACUAAGACAUUUGGACUGGAUAAGGAUCUGGUGACCAAUGUGUCUCCUCGAAUUGUGCGUGGUACAACAUCAGGCCCUCUUUAUGGGCCCGGUCUGGGCUCCUUCCUCAACAUUGAGCUCAUCAGCGAGAAGACAGCAGCCUACUGGUGUCAGUCGGUUGCUGAGCUGAAAAAAGACUUCCCCAACAACGUGGUGAUUUCUAGUAUAAUGUGUGGUUACAACAAGGAAGACUGGACAGAGCUAGCCAAGAUGGCUGAGGAGUCGGGAGCAGAUGCUUUGGAGCUGAACCUCUCUUGUCCUCAUGGGAUGGGAGAGAGAGGCAUGGGACUGGCCUGUGGACAGGACCCAGUGCUGGUAAGGAACAUCUGUCGCUGGGUGCGUGAGGCCAUUUCCAUUCCAUUCUUUGCUAAACUGACACCAAAUGUUACAAAUAUUGUUGACAUCGCCAAGGCGGCCCAUGAAGGUGGAGCGGAUGGAGUCACAGCCACCAACACGGUCUCAGGUUUAAUGGGACUCAAAGCUGAUGGCGCUCCCUGGCCAAGUGUUGGUUUGGAAAAACGCACCACAUACGGAGGGAUCUCUGGUAAUGCCAUCAGGCCCAUUGCUCUCAGAGCAGUGUCAGCCAUCGCCAGAGCAAUUCCAGGUUUUCCUAUUCUGGCCACCGGGGGUAUUGACUCAGCAGAGAGCGGACUACAGUUUCUUCAUGCUGGGGCUUCACUGUUACAGGUGUGUAGUGCAGUUCAGAACCAGGACUUCACAUUGAUUGAGGAUUACUGUGGGGGUCUGAAGGCCUUGCUGUACCUAAAGAGCCUAGAGCUAAAGGACUGGGAUGGUCAGUCACCUCCAACAGUGAGCCAUCAGAAGGGAAAACCAGUUCCCAGACUUGAAAGCCUGGUUGGAAAGAGUCUCCCUAGCUUUGGUCCAUACCUUCAGGAAAAGACGGAAGCCAUUGCUGCGUGCAAGAAACGACUCCGAGAUGCUGGUGAAACCAAUGUGGUGGAAUCCAACGUCGGCCGGGUCAACGUGCCCCAGAAGCCUGUUCCUCCAGUCAAGGACGUGAUAGCCAGAGCACUGCGCCACAUUGGAGCAUACCAGGAACUUAACAACAUGGAGCAGGUCCAGGCUCUUAUAGAUGAAGAGAUGUGUAUCAACUGUGGGAAAUGUUACAUGACCUGCAAUGACUCUGGAUACCAGGCUAUAACAUUCGACCCUGAAACUCAUCUUCCAUCCGUGACUGACAGCUGCACUGGCUGCACUUUGUGCCUCAGUGUCUGUCCCAUCAUAGACUGCAUCAAGAUGGUCAAAAGGAAAACAGCCUACAAACCCAACAGAGGUGUACCUAUUAGUCCUGUCUGCUAAAGGCGAGGAUAAUAAUAAAACAAAGACAUCCAGCUGGAUUGUCUUAUACAGUAAAUUAAUUUGUGUGAAGUAUAAUCUUAGUUUGAAAGCCCAGCUCCAGUGGCACCACUGAGCAGAGAGGCAGAUAACAUCACAAUAAUUGUAUAGUAUAUAUAGUAAGUGUAUGUCAAUAAUUCCACUCUGAUUUAGUUGGUAAGUCUGAAUCUGACUUUGUUUUUAUUCUCUUGUAGAAAAUCAUUUCAAUGUUAAAAAGGCAUUUACAGAAUGUCAGAUUGAUUCAAGUCAAAUGAAAUGCUCCCCAAAUAAGUUCUGUGAUUUCAAAUGUCUGUAUUUUUGGAUACAGAAAAUAUCUGUAAGAUGGAGCACAUUUUUCUACAAAUUUGUGAGAUUGUGUAAAAAAAUUAACCAACAUAAAAAUAUUCUGUUAUACAUGUGUUAUCAGAAAAAUGUUGUGAAAUGUUAAAAAUAAAAGCAACCACUAUUGUGUCAAGUUAUUUUA